CUCAGGUUGCGGCAUGUCUGGGUUUAGUGCUCUUGAGCAACAGCUGGAACAGUUCGUGGAGACUGUCAGACAAAUAGGAAUUAUUGUCAGUGAUUUUCAACCCAACAGUCAGAGCGUACUUAAUUCGAAGAUAUGUCAGAUGACAGAAGAAAUGAGAAGUAUAGAACAGUCCAAGAAACAAGUGGAAGAUGUAAACGUACCUCUAGAGGUUCUCGAUCACAUAGAUCAAGGGAAAAAUCCACAGUUGUACACACAGCAAUGUUUACAAAAACUACAUGAAAAAGGAAUGCAGGUGCAACAGAAAGUUGAUGCAUACAAGACGUUUCAGAAACAUCUCUUUGCCGAGUUGGAACAAUUCUUUCCCGAACAAAUGCAACAGUAUCACUUAGCAAGACAGCACAUCAAAUAGCCAUUUAUAUCAUUUAUUAGACAAAUAUACUGAAUAACAGUUGUAUGUAACUUAAUUCUAAGCGCAAUUGUAAUUAACUGUCUGGUUUUA